UUUUUUUCCUUAACUGUAUAAAUCUCAUUUACAUGGUACGUGUAAAACUCUUUGGGAAUCAAAGCAUUUGCAGUCUGCUAUUAGUUUUUACGGUUGUCAUCUUAACCAUAGUGCCUAAGGUGAAGGCUUGGACUGAAGCCGACUUCGAAAUUUUUGAUCUUGUUGAUGCUUUGGAAAAAGCAGAAGGAAAGGACACAAACUUUUACAACUGGUUGGGUGUUAGUCCAUCUGCAAGUCAGGCUGAAAUUAGUAAAGCUUAUCGUAAACUCUCAUUAAAAUGGCAUCCUGACAAAAACAAAAAUGACCCUAAAGCCAAGGAAAAAUUUGCACGCUUAGGUGUUAUAGCAUCUAUUUUGCGUGAUCCUAAAAGCCGUGAACGUUACAACUUCUUCUAUAAAAAUGGUGUGCCUCGCUGGCGUGGUACAGGCUAUUUGUAUAGUCGUUUUAGACCUGGAUUAGGUACAGUGGUAAUUGUACUUUUAUUAAUUAGUGCCGGCAUGCAAUAUAUUGCGGGUCAAAUAAAUUAUCAUCAAGAAAAGCGUAGAAUUAUCCAAUUUGUAAAUGAUGCUAGAAAUGGAAUGCUUCAAGACGCGCCUAAGGGUCGUGCGCCUACUUUAGGUCGUAGCUUUAUCGAAGUAGGUGAUAGAACGAUGCGCUGUGAAGUCAAGAACGAUCAUUAUAUAAUUGUGUAUCCUGAUGAACAAACAAAAGAGCCUGUACAUUUAAAUACUGAAUGGGUAGCUAAACCUACUAUUAGCAAUCUUUUUAUCGUUCAAUGGCCAAAACGUUUGAUAUACAAAAUUUUGAAUAAAAAACAAGAAGAAACAAUGGUUAUUCAUGAAGAACAAGAGAGUAGCGACAACAAUGAAGGGGAAAAAGACAACACGAAAACAACAACUGGUACCACAAAGAAGACACUUCGUAAAAGAGGUGGUGGAGAAAAGAUGAAUGUAAUGGGCUCUAAAGUUGGUGGUCGUAGACGAGCUGUUCGAAGUUAAAUUCAACAUACAUGGAAGUUAUGAAAUAUAUUAGAAGGACAGGGCCGUACAAAAGAAUGAUAAAAAUAUAGAUGUAUAUGCAUAUAUAGUUUAUAUAUAAAAAUCUAUUUAAACAGUAAAAAGUAAUUAACGAUAUUCACUUUUAAUUAUUG